AUGCAACAAUCCCGAUUCGAUUCGAUUCCGAUUCUAGAAUCGAGUGGGAUUGGUUGGAAUUGGAAUUGGAAUCGAAUGGAAUCGGUUGGAAUUGGAAUUGGAAUCGAAUGGAAUCGGUCGGGAUUGGGAUUGGAAUCGAAUGGAAUUGGUUGGGAUUGGGAUUGGAAUCGAAUGGAAUUGGUCGGGAUUGGGAUUGGAAUCGAAUGGAAUCGACCCAGAAUUGGUGGGAAUCGAAUAGAAUUGUGUCAGAAUUUACUGAAACCAACUGAGUACGGCUAUGAUUUCAACAUAAUUACGACUCUUUUAUGUGAAACUGUCUCGAAAGAUCUAUAA